UUAUAUGAUAACAUGACUAUGGGUGUGAAAACACGGGUAUUUAACAGAAAUAUCCUUCACUGUGUACUAGUAGUUAUGACUCCCUCGGCACACUGCGCAUGUCCAAUAUGGUGGAGGUGGUGGUGGUGGUGGUGAUGGGGUCCUCUCUACUCCAUCCGGGAACUUUAGAAUUACCAUUGACAGCCGAAGCGCGACUUUUCCCCAGGCAAAGUGAAAUCAAGCCGCGGACACGGACAAAAAUAUAGUCCCCGUUUUUCAACUUAAAAUAAUCGACAGAAAAGGUAACCCGUUUCUCCGUCGGACCCGUCGACGUUCGGCCGUAAUCUGGAGAGGACUCGUCCGGGGCAUGAGCUCUUUCCGCCCGGUUUGGAGCACUUUUGAAGACAGGCGGAAAUGGGAGAAAAGUGUUUUUCUAGUCGGAACAUGGAACUACAAGGCCUACAAGAGGCGCUGAAAGUAGAAAUCCAAUGUCAUCAGGAUGGGGACCUUAAGAGACAGCUGCACGACAGGCAAACAAGAAUAACAGCCCUAAGCGAUAAACAAAAUCAGACGCUGUGCAAAGGCCUCAGUGAACUUCAGAAUGGGCAGAAGCUGGCAGUCAGAACUUGUCCUGUAGGGACGCCCAAGCCACUGCCUCUCAUCAAGCCUCCCAGCCAAAGCAUCGCCAUAUCUGUGGUGCCGGCCAAGGCUCCCGUUUCUAUGGUUACUGCACACAUUAAUGGACAGAAAGCGGCGAGCCUGGAGGCGCUGCAGACGUCCCCCAUUAACCUCCAGCCAAGCAGCAGAGUGGCGGCUGCCGGAGUCUGCCCGUUCAGCAGCAGGAAAGCUGGAGAGUUGCCUCCUUCUCAGAUGCUGGGAACUCUCACUGCUGUGCCCAUCAAGGUGCCUCAGGUCAGCUCUCUGCACCGACUGGCAGGACAAGCAGCUGCCGUCCUACCUCAGGUCAGGCCAAAGACCCAGAUCCCCGACAGCCUUCCCCACAGCCUCUGCCAAGAGCUGCAGCCCCUCAGCCUGCAGAGGGCCACCGCUGUGGUCAGUCCUAAGAGCCAGGGCCCCACCCUUCCCACUGCCAACAGCACCUUCAGCCCUGACCACCAGCCUAACGGCCAGAGCAAUGCCUCGCCUCUCCCGGCACCACCACACGGCCCAUCAGGGGUCUCGGAUUCCGGCGCCCCAGCCCAGCAUGCCACAGCAGGGCCUGGCGUGGCGUACGCCAUCAUUGCCGCCUCCCCCACGGUGUCUGCCGUCAGCGAGGCCGUCAAGGUAAUAAUAAUUCAGCCACAGGCCCCUAGCAGCUCCAAGGGGUCCCCGGGGGCCCAAGCUGAUCUCCCAUCACAGGAGGCCCCACCUGCCCCAAAAUCCCCAUCCCAGAAGAAAGACGAGGACCCUGAGAAAAUCGCUUUCAUGGUCGCCCUCGGCCUCGUCACCAUAGAACACCUGGAAGAAAUCCAGAUGAAGAGACAAGAGAGGAAGAGACGAAGCACAGCCAACCCGGCCUACAGUGGCCUCUUUGAACCAGAGCGUAAACGCCUGGCGUCACAUUACCUGAACAGCUCGCUCUUCCUGUCGGCACGAGGUAAAACACACACCUCAGUAUCUCUGUGCGAGCAGCAUGGAGGGCGACCUCAGCUCCGCCUGAGGCUGCGAAAUAUGUGCAGAUGUGAAACAGUAGUGCUCAUGAGUGUGUCAGGUUUAUCUGUGGUACAGUAGCAGUCCAAACCAUGUUGUCAUGUGAUUUGACGACAUAUCUGUUAAAAGACUCCAACAUUUUGGCCAUUUAUAAAAAAAAUGAGCCUUGGUGUUUGAUAAAACCUAAAUUCAGUUGACAAUGAUGAGAAACUUCCUAAUAGUUUUAAGAAACUAAGUCCCAGCUUUGAGGGGAAAGACUUCAUACAAACCUUCACUUGGUGAAAAAAAAAAAUCCCACUAAUAUCUCAAAUAUACAGCUGGAUGCAAAUGUUUGGCUGUUUCUAGCAUAAACAGUGUUAAUGCGCUUUUUAUUUCAUGAACUGAAAACAAGUCACUGUGCAGCUCGAGGCCUUAACGAGUCAUCCGCUGAAACGUUUGCAUCCGGCUGCGUCACUGUGGCUCUUUUCUUCUGGCCCUGCCUCUAACCUGCCACUAACCUCUGCUCUGCUUCAUUUGCACGCUAGACACUGAGGAUUUCUGCUGGAAGGUAGGUCACAUGACGCCAUAACCUGGACGAAGGACAGGCUGUGAAGCGCUUCGACAACCACUUAAUUUAAUACAUCAAAAUCACCCAACCACAUUUUGUCAGUUAUAAUCUGUCUUUAUAUUCAUGUUGCUGAAAUUCAUUUCUAAAAAAAAUGCAGUUAAAACUGAAUUGAUGAAAAAGUCAACCUGGGACAUGUGGACAGGUCUGAAUGAAAUCAGUCAACCGGUCCAGUCAUGUGAUCCAACAAAGACCAGUUGAGAUAAACAUCCGAUAACCGAUACGUACAGAGUACUUGAAAUAUUCUUCAAAUUGCAAAACUGUAUAUUUGAAAGAGAAAAAUACACACACACAUUUGGAUGUAAGAUUUUCAAAGUAAAAUAUAUAGUGUAAUUUCUUUCAGUUACUUAUCAAGUUACAGUUGGUACAUCACAGGAUGAAGCGCUCACAGCCUCUUUCCUUCAAGCAUGUUUUUUUUUUUUUCAUUUUAAAAAUUUCAGCAGUGCAUCUGUAAAUACAAAUGCAAGCUGCAAAGGUAUGGUGACGGUGUUCUGUCCUGCAGAGAGGUGUAAAUGUUUCUCUUUUGGAAAUCGGUGGUAUAAACAUCUGCAGAAGAACCAGGACAAUGUGUGACUGACCCCGUGUCUUGUGCUGUGACAGGAGGACUUGGAGCAUGACGAGCACUGUGCCAUCUGUAAGGAGGACGGUGAGCUGCAGCCCUGCCACAACUGCCCCCGAGCCUUCCACC